GCCGCCGCGGCGCGCAAGCAGGACGAGGCUUUCUCUGCCGCCAGAUGCACGGCCAGGUGCCUCAGCCUGCAGAUCACCCGCAUCUCCGCCUUCUUCAAGCACUUCCAGAACAAUGGUUCACUGGCUUGGUGCCAGAAUCACAAGCAAUGUUCAAAGUGCCUGGAGCCUUGCAAAGAAUCUUGGGAUUUGAAGAAAAACCACUGCCAAAGUUUCUGUGAGCCUCUUUUCCCCAAGAAGAACUAUGAAUGCUUAACUAGCUGUGAAUUCCUCAAGUACAUUCUGUCUGUGAAGCAAGGAGACUGUCCAGCACCUGAGAAGGCUAGUGGUUUUGCUGCUGCCUGUGUUGAAAGCUGUGAGGCUGACAAUGAAUGUUCUGGGGUGAAGAAAUGCUGCUCCAAUGGAUGUGGACAUACAUGCCAAAUACCAAAAAAUCUUUAUAAAGGUGUUCCACUAAAACCCAGGAAAGAAUUGAAAUUUACUGAACUUCAGUCUGGGGACCUGGAGGUUAAAUGGUCUUCAAAAUUCAAUAUUUCAAUUGAGCCUGUAAUUUAUGUGGUACAAAGGAGAUGGAAUCAAGGAAUUCAUCCGAGUGAGGAUGAUGCUACUAGCUGGCUAACUGUGGCACAGACUACAGAUGAGAGAGUACAACUGUCUGACAUAAGACCCAGCAGGUGGUACCAGUUUCGAGUGGCAGCCGUUAAUGUGCACGGGACAAGAGGCUUCACAGCACCCAGCAAGCACUUCCGCUCCUCUAAAGACCCAUCUGCUCCACCAGCCCCAUCUAAUAUCAGAAUUGAAAACAUAACUACAAACAGUGAUGGAAGUGUAAAUGUAAAGAUUGCUUGGGAUCUCCCAGAAGAGCCUGAUAUCCCAGUGCACCACUAUAAAGUCUUCUGGAGCUGGACAUAUAGCAAAUUUGUGAUCCCAGCUAAAAAGAAGAGAAGGAAGAUUACUGAUGGGCCCCAAAAUUAUGUGGUCCUGGAGGGACUCCAACCCAACAGCAACUACAAUGUGGAACUGCAGGCAGUAACACGCUGGGGACAAAUACGGCUAAAAAGUGCUAAGGUUUCUCUUCAUUUCAGCACUACACAAGAGACCAUUAAUAAAGAACAGAUCUCUACAACAGGGAAAACCCAGAAGGGACUGACUGAUCCAUUUCCACCCUUUCAAAGACGACGACCCACUCGUUUUCUUAAAAUUGGAGCUCCUUUCUACCAGGACAAUCAACUUCAGGUCAAAGUCUACUGGAAGAAGACAGACCCCAGCAUGAAUCAAUUCCAUGUACACUGGUUACGGGAAUCCUGUGAACACAAUGAAACUAAAGGACUUGAAAAAGUAACUGAUUUGACCUAUGAAAACUACAUUAUUCUUAAGGACCUGUCAUUUUUAUGCAAAUACAAAGUGACUGUUCAGCCCACAAAAUCUAAAGGCCGUUUCAAAGCUGAAAGUAUUUUCUUUACCACGCCACCUUGCUCUGUUCUUAAGGGAAAAAAUCACAAGCACAUUAGCUGCCCAACUGAAGGAGCACAAAUUCUUCCCAAAGUGUUAGCCAAACCGGAGAAUCUGUCUGCCUCUUUCAUUGUUCAGGAAGGUAACAUUACUGGUCACUUUUCCUGGAAGAUAUCAAAAGCAAAUCUUCAUCAGCCCAUGACAGGGUUUCAGGUCACUUGGGCAGAGGUCACUACAGAAAGCAGACAGAACAGCUUACCCAAUAGCAUCAUUUCACAGUCACAAAUAUUGCCAGCAGAUCAUUAUGUGCUGACAGUGUCCAAUUUGAGGCCAUCGAUGCUUUACCGAUUAGAAGUGCAGGUACUGACAACAGGUGGGGAGGGACCAGCUACAAUAAAAUCGUUCCGAACGCCUGACUUGCCACCAUUUUCAUCCCAUAGGCCUCAUCUAAAGCAACACCAUCCACAUCACUACAGGCCGCCUCCUGAAAAAUACUAGACUUUUACAGAUGAUUUAACAAACAACUGAGAAAGAAACUGAGUUCACAGAAGAAGACCAGAAGAAUGCACAUCUGUAUAGCAAUGAAUCCAUUUUUUUCCAUAAGAAGUUCCCAUCUUAUAUGAUCUGUAGCUAUUUUUACAUAGUUUAGGUAUGAAGAAUUGUAUAUGUACCAAUGGCAGGGUGAAAUAUACAUGAAAAUAUCACCAAUAUUCCGCUAACAGAAGAUUGCAUUCCAUUCAGCACAUCUGGGAAAUCAAAUGUGUUCAUGGUAAUAUAUAUUUUUUCGCUCCCUAUAUUUAAAGUAGAUUUUACUAAUCUUAAGGAACAAUGUUUGAGACACUUUCUUAUGUGUAUAUUUAUAUACAUGUAUAUGUAUACUCACGCACAUGCGCACACACACACACCUUUGAACACCUGGGUGCUAGAUUCUCAGCUAAUGUGAAUCACCAUUGCUCAUUUGAAUUCAAUGAAACUAUGCCAGUUUAUACCAGGUAAGCCCCUACUAUAUUUCUUCAAUAUAAUUUGAUAUGAAAAAUUAUCUAUAUUUACUGGGAAUAAAUGCAAACUAUAUAAGCAGCAAUAAUAGACAUUUCCAAUCAGCCAGCACUGAAGUCUUCUCUUACCCUAGUAAAUGCAAGCAAAUAUAGAGAUUGUAGUAGCUGAUGUAUUUUAAUAAUCAAAUAUCAAUAUGUUAAAAUAUGAUACCGUGAAGCUGGCUAGCAAAAUCUGCUAACACUGACCACUGAGAUAUUUUAAAAGCUCAGGUGGUAGUUUACUGCCACUGACUUCCCAUAGGACCUGGAAAAAUGUUUGUUGCAAAUCAAAAUUCCUCUCUCCCCACCAUCACCCUCCUGUUUGGAGAUUUGAAAGAAAUAUUGCAUUUUCUGUGAUUAUAAAUCAAACAGUUAACAUUCACAUUUUUGGAAAUGGCAAUUCUGAGGCAUGUGUAUUAUGUGAUUAGCAGGGAUCCCGGUUUACUCUGAUAAAAAACAAUCCCCAAUUUUCGGAUUAAAAAAAGGAACCCAAAAUCCAAAUUUUUCUGUGACUAAAAUGAAACACAGAUAGAUAGAUAUUGGUGUUUCAUUUGAAAUUAAAUGAAAUGUACACCAUAUAUAUUGGUGUCUCAUAUAUAUAUAUAGGCACCAGGAUCCCUGGUGAUUAGGUGUACUGGUACGGCUUUUUUGACUUCUUGAUGUGCAUAUCCACUCCCACCAUGGAUCUUUUUAAUAGUAGGAUGGCUGUAUUGGCUGCAUGGUAUUCUGGUGAUAGAAAUACUAGUGACAGUGCACAGUGUCUGGAAGUCAUUGGUUAAUAGCUUAUUUGAAUGCAUUUUGCAAAUGUAGGCAUGAAGGUACCCUGUUUCUAACCAUAAGGAAAUGCAGAUGGCCCUAUUGUGCAAUGUAAAAAGCCUAGAGUAAUUUCCCACACAGAGAGAAAGCCGUCAUUCAUAAACAGAGAUGAGUUGGAUGUAUAAUCAAAAGCAUGGAAUUUGGUUUCUAUACACUCUGUCCAUACAAUACUUGUGAGAUGCAGCAUCUAAUAUCCAAAAAGUUGCUGUUUGUGCAUUCCCUGCUAAAGAUUCCAUUAUUCGCUUUAGCUCUUCCAAUAAAGUUAAUACAUCUCCGAUUUUCUUUAGCAAAAAUAACCCUCUGUAUGGAAUCCUCCAAAAAUCUCUGCAGCAAAGAAAUAAGCAUAACAAAAAUGAAAUGAGAACAACAAACAAAACAACCAAACAAAAAGGAAAGAAAAUCAUAUUCAACUGCAAAUAAAGGUUUGGUACUUCAUCUGUUUUCUGAGGAAUUUAGGGGAAUUCAGAUAUUAAUGGCAAAUGAUUUUCUGCUCAUCAUGACAAGUAUAUUUUGAUGGAAACCAAAUAAAAAGACAACACAUCUACAUCUGAAAUUGCAAGAGCAUGGCUGUGCUUAAUAUAGCAGCACAUUUGGAGAAGUUAUUCCUAUACAGUACAUCUGCAUAGAAAUGCUUUCCAAACUGAUGCUAUCACGGUCAAACAGCUCCUUGAUAAUUUCAAACUAGUUUGCUCAUUUAAGGUUUCUAACUUUUAACUAAGUUUAGGAAAAUAAGAAAUGUAACUCAGAGACAUGAAGUCAACCCUUCCAUUCUCUUUCUACUUUUCUUGGUAUCUUUUUGAUAAAUGUACUCAAGGAGCAAGAACUUUGCCAAACUGUUUCUUGGGCUAUGAGGCUUUAGCCUUGAUAAGUUAUUCCUCAAGGUAUAAAGGGCUAUUCAUGCUUUUCAGCCAAAAAAAGGAGAUAGACAAAACUCACCUUAUGAGUUGGUGUUACUGUUACAAAAUGUAAAAAGUUUUAAUGCCAUUCUAGCAAGCGCUGCAGAUAGCUUCAAGUGGCUGAAGGGCAACAUUCCACAGAAACAUAAUCAUGCAGCCCAAAUAUAGCUAGGUGCACAUCAAGAAAAAAAAUCAAGUCUAUGCAAUCUGAGGCAGACCAGCAUGUAAUACCACAUUCACAUUUGAAUUACAUGGGGUAUAAGUAAGGAUAGAAAAGAGCUUUGGGGUGAAUAUAUGCUCUAAUGAAUUUUAAAAUGUGGCUAAUGGAGUUAAGACCUAACUUCCCUUUGAAAUUUAGGUGGAUUAGAUUGGAUUGGAUUGGAUUGGGCUUCUCAUUUUUAAGGCACCUGUAACAAUAUCAGCCUAACCCUUUCAGCCUGAUUCUGCUCUCCGUUAUACUAGAAUAAAUCUGGAGAAGCCAUAGAGUUGAUCCAAUAAAAGACAUCACUCCCAUAAACUCCUGUCUCUCAUGUAUUUCCUGGACCAUCAUACUUAGAAUAGCGGGCCAAUAUUACCAAAAUGUUACCAAAAUAUAAAGUAGCAUUUUUUAAAUUAUAUAUACUACUCUCCUAUGAUAUCGUCAUAGUUAGAUAAUAGUGUAUAGUGAUAAUAUAUAGUAAAUUAUUUAUCAUAGGAGCAGUCCUCAGCUACUUGGGAUAUCAAUGAUAGUUUUGAAACAAAUUUUGCUUGAAUAAGGACAGAAUAUUCUGACCCUUUAUAGCUUGGAGAUACAGGCAGAUGAAGAGAGAAUGGAAUGAGAAGAUCAUGCUUUAUAAAUCUGUUCCUUAAUUAGCCGUUUAACUCAUCUUUUAGCUACAGAUAUUUUCUGUGAACUAAUGAUGCUGGAAUCAGUUUUUAAAAAA